UGACGUGUUGGUCUUCUCGCGUCGGCUUCAUGAAUUUUCAUUCGCAUCCAGAUUUGUGGCUCUUCACUCUCUCUCACUCAGGAUGUCAGAUGCAGACAGAAGAGUGCGGUUGAGCGGAGCGCACGAUGCAGUGAAUUGAGCGUGCGGUUCUCGAAGGCACCCAACCUGAGCGGGAUGGAAGCGAGCCUCCAUCCAGUCAGUUUCAGUAUCGCUGCCGAUUGGUGCAGACGCGUUCCGUGAAAAGUGAAGCAAAGGAGGAUCGUCGAUUGUAGAGGAACACUGCGUGAAGUCGAUCAGUGGCUGUUGUUGUGCUUUAUUUGGUUUAUGUUUUGUUGUCGAUCUCCCAGCAUCAUCAGACCGGAUUCGGAUCGUUCGGUAGAACGAGUAGAACGCCGCUGCAAUCUUGAUGCAGUAAGAGUGAAUUCACCGCAAUAGCGGUACCGAAAAAAGAAACGGCGGAGUGUGUUGCAGCUGCUGCUGUGAAUACGGAGACAAAUUAAGGAACUUUGUCAUUAUGUCGACGAAGGAUUAAUUGCAAAGGGUUCGUCGUCUGGUCCAGUGCGGCUGUCGUUGAAAUCUCCCACUAGUGCGGUAAAGCGAAUCAGCGAGUGGAAUCGGGGUUUCGUAUGGAUUGAUAGCCGAUUUUUUUUCUUCGAAGAGGGCGCGUGAGUGUAGAUGCGGUUUUGCUGGUGCCGUUGCUGUGAAUUAUGGGCUUUCCCAAUUCUGGAUCAAAACCCACAUCGCACGGGCGCGUAGAAUUACGAUAAUGACGGUGCGGAAAUUAUUGUGCUGAACUAGUUCGAAAUUGCGCUUCCAAUUGAAUUAAUUCUCUUUUCUCAAGUUCGAAAAUUGCGUUCCAGGACUUGCGCUCGGGGUUUUCAGUACCUUUGGAUUAGUCAAGUAGAAAACAAAAACGAAAAUCACGGACGCGGACGCAGGCAGAUUGUUGAGUGAAACGUGUAAAGAGAGUAGUACUUUUUUUUUCGAAAGGCAUCAGCAGCAGCAGCAUGUUCUUGAGCAACCGGGGCUUCAACCGGUGGCCUUCAAUGAGAAUGCACCUUCUGACGGUAAUUGCCCUACCACUUUUGGCGCUGUCGAUGAGUGAAGCGGAUCUUUCAGGUCAUGAGUCUCCGGCGCAAGGUGAUUUUGAAGUUCGAUCGCUUUCUGGCGAACCAGACUACAAAUCGGUGAACUUAACCUGGGAGGUGGAAGCGGUAGAUAGUAGCGAGAAGGACUACGAUGAAGAUCUGCCACAUCCCAGACGACGGGGCCGAUCAUUCAAUGUGUACUACUGUGAACUUCAGAACUGGGGUCCCCAUCGGUGUCGCUCUAAAAUACUGACCGAUAACUCGGAUGAUAGUGGGAAUAGUAAACAGUACACGAUGACGGUCAAAAAUCUCCGAAUGGCAACCAAAUACUCUUUCCAUGUUAAACCACAGGCAAAGCGUGGCGAUCAACGGGCCACGGGACGAUCGGGACACAGUGACGAUGAGCUGGACGAAAAUACGAUCAACCAAGGACAAACGGUCAUCAUUCCGACCAAAGGAUUUUCGGCCCACGCAACGCAGUGCCUGCCGCAUGCAUCGGAAAUCGAGGUGGAAACCGGACCGCACUUCGGUGGCCGCAUUGGAUCCGAGAAUGGACAGUGUAGCCUUCAGGGAGAUGCAAGCAGUCCUCAGGAGAGCUACGUGCUACGAAUCGAUCACGAAAAGUGCGGUAGCCGAGUCAGCCCGUCGGAUCUGACCGUUGAGACGUACAUCACGGUGCAGGAAAAUCUGGGAAUCCUGACGCAUAGCACGCGCCGAUUUGUGGUGGUCUGUACCUUCCAACCAGACACUCUGACGGUUCGGGCCAGACUGGCGCUACCCGGGAAGGGAAAAGGCGGUGCAUCACCGGUGGCUAUGAGCGAAUGGUGGCCGACCAACAGCGGCCGGAAUGGUCGUGUAAGGCAGUUCAACAUGGUAGACAAGAGUGGAUUGGUGCUGAAGACGUCCGACGAGGAGGAAGUGGAAGAUGUUUUACCCGCUCGGGUAGAGGAGAUUCCGGAAGAUAAUGCUAUCGAUCCGGGCAGAAAGAGUUUAAACUCAACAAAAUCGUCUUCCAAACAGGAUUCAUCAAGCUCAAAGGAAAAUGAGAUUCUGCAGAAGAAAUCGAACCGACGUCGUUCGGAGAAGACGGAAGGUUUCCGAGAUGUCAAGUAUGCCAGAUUACUCGAUUCCAAGGUUACCACGGGACUGAACGAUGUGACGGCCAGCGAGUUGACUACCGUUGAUGAGCUCGUCCACGCCGCGGGCAGCAGCCGAUCCCUGGACAUGACUGGUCUACUGAUAUCGGCUUGUCUGGCUGUGAUAAUGAUCGGUGCGUUUGUGUACGUGCUACAGAAGGAGUUCAAGAAGCAACGGAUAAUCCAACAGCACCAUCACCACCAGCAAACACAACGGCCCCCGAACCGGAUGGCAACAUUUUGAAAGGGAGGGGUUGUAUGGCCGGAUAUUUAGCAGCGGAUAAGUGAGAUAGUGAUAGUUUCUACUGGUAAGAUUAAUUUUAUCUAGCGAUAAUCAUAUGACUGGAUUAGUUAAGAGCCGAGUUUUAGCCGAGAUUUACUCAACCGAGCGAGCAAUGCCACCUACCCGUGCGACAAAUAUGCUUUUUUGUUUUAUUGAAAUGCUUGCUUCCUGUAAUUUUCUGUGUGCUAAUACAAACAUCGGGUCAAUUUCAAUUUCUCAAAAACGACUGAGCAUAUGCAACCGCACGAGCCCCCUUCCCCUUGUGACAGAAGCUCACCGAAAUCACUUUCCAUUUAUUUAUAAAUUGUGCGGCCUUUUGCUUUGAGAGCCGGAAAGCAAACGAUUAUAUUUUAGAUCAAAAGUGUACAAAAACAGAAAAUUUCUGUUAGUGAAUCGAGCAUUGCAAGAGUUAAUCUUUUGGAGAAAAGAAAAAUUUGUUUAAGCAAAAUGGUGACUGAUGGCCCUCCACUUGCCGGAUAGUUUAGUUACUCAAUGAUAUACACUAAAUACAAGCUUUGGAAAGGGAUAAUUUUCGGAAGUUCCAAAUCGUACACAAGACAAGGCAUUCAGUGACUGUAAUAAAACCAUUUUAAUCUAACAA